AUGGUUGUGCAGAGUUUGAUCCGACAAAAGGAGGAUGAUGGAAAACUGUCCUUUGACGAAUUCAAAGCUUACUUUGCUGAUGGAGUUCUGAGUGGAGAAGAGCUGCAUGAACUUUUUCACACCAUUGAUACACACAAUACUGACAAUCUCGACACAGAAGAGCUCUGCGAAUAUUUUUCCCAGCACUUAGGAGAGUAUGAAAAUGUUCUGUCUGUCUUGGAAGACUUAAACAUAACCAUACUGAAGGCAAUGGACAAAACAAAGAAAGACUAUCAGGAAGCUUCUAAUUUGGAGCAGUUUGUGACUCGCUUUCUUUUGAAGGAAACACUGAACCAGCUUCAGUCCCUCCAGAGCUCCCUGGAGUGUGCCAUGGAAACCACGGAGGAGCAGACCCGGCAGGAGAGACAAGAUCCAACAAAACCAGAAGUUCUCUCAAUUCAAUGGCCAGGAAAACGCUCAGCUCGAAGACUUCAGAGGAACAACAGCCUGUCACCAAAUAGCCCUCAUUUUAGCACAGGUUGGAUUGAAGAUGACAGCCAGUGGAACACCCAGAUAAACAGACUCCAAAAGCUGAUUGACAGGCUGGAAAAGAAGGACCUAAAGCUCGAGCCAUUUGAAGAGGAAGUUUUGGAAGAAAAUGCAAAAUCUCACAUAAUGAUUGUCCAACGUCAAAUGUCUGUGAUAGAAGAAGAAAUUGAAGAAUUCCGUCUUGCUCUGAAGCAGUACGUGGAAUCUGCUUCUACUCAGGGUGGCUGCUUGCAUGUUUCCAUACAGAAGCUUCCAAGUGAUUCCCGCUUCACUGUUUAUGAGUUCUGGGAGAACAGCAAUGCCUGGAAUAGCCACCUUCAAAUGAAUUACAGCAAGACAUUCCAAAGAAGUAACGUGGACUUCUUGGAAACUCCAGAGCUCAUCACGACAAUGCUAGUCCCUGCAUCGUGGUGGGUCCUCAAUAACAACUAG